ACGCAAGUUGACGUGUUGAGUAACGCCAUCUGCAAAAUGACAACAUAAGAUUAAAUUUAUAGAUACAAUUGUAAACAAUUACUCCUGCAGUACUAUGAACUCUAAGAGGCACUCCGCUCCCGUACUGCGGUCCAGGGCGAUCAAUGGCAGACCCAUAAGUGCUGCCAGGAACGACCAGAAGAAUCACGAGCGCCACCGGACGCGUAGCAAACUAACGACCAGCAAAAGAGCAGCACCCGAGACCGAAUACGAAGAGGAAAUGUCUGACGAGGAUCCCUUGGCCGGUGAAACUGAGGCUGAGACUUUAGAAGAACCGCCUGCCAAACGACCUCUAUUUCAACUGCUAAACGACGAGGAUCCAGUCAUAUCUUUGACCACAGUCAACUCGAGAGAUAACGAGACAGCUGAAAAGACUUUCUUGCACGCGCCAAAGGAUGAGUGCAUAUGGCAGAUUAAUAGCAUGAAAUCUUCAGUAACCAAAAAAUCAUCCAAACCCUACCGCCCAUCGCCUACGAAGACGCUGACUAGGCAGCGCUUUAUCUGGAGCUCCGAGGCAACAAAUAGGCUCCUGCAAUUGUGGGAGGAGAAUUUGAAUCAGUUUCGGGGAAAGAAGAAAAAUACAGAAAUUUAUAAAGAGAUGCAACGUCAAAUGCGCGACUGUGGGGCACCUAGUCAGGUUGAGAUUAACACUAAAAUGGAUAACCUAGCCAGGAAGUAUCGCGGUGAAGCUGAGAAAGUCCGAGAAACCGGGGUACCCUCCCAGUGGUUGCUUUUCCACACAAUUCAAAAACUGCUGAUUGGUACCAAGUCCGUCAAUGUUUUUGAGGAUAUUAUGUUCGAGAAAAAUGGAGAAACCAAUUUGUCGUCUGAUGAAAAUUCUUGUUUGGGUUCUCCAGCUUCCAGUUACAAAAAUGGUCAACAGGAAGAGGACGAGAUGGAGGACGAGGAUCCAAACGAGAAUACAUUUUCACAUAAAUAUGAUCAAGAAGACCCAGAAGAAUUUACGGAAGAUCAAUAUGAGAGAAACACCUCCCCCUCUGAGUUCGAAAGUGAAUUGAACGUGAAAGAAAGUAUAUCAGAGCGAUUGCUGGAAAUCGAAGAGGAGAAGCUGUCCAUAGAGCGAGAGAAGCUGAAUGUUAUGAAAGCGGCUGUGCGGGAAUUGUCCCAGUUCCAUAAAGAUAUAUUGAAACAUUUAAAUCAAAAUAAACAAAUAACAUAAAUACUAGUCGUUCAACAGCUGAAA